AUGGUAGAAGCCAUUAAAAUCGGUGAGGAGGUGUCCAAGACCAAUGGCCGGUUUUACAAGAAGCCUUUGUUUCGCGCUGGCCGAUUUUUUGUGUGCACCGUGCCCAACCGUACUACGGCCACCUUGAAACCUAUCAUCGAACGUCACUGCGAACCAAAUACCGUCAUCCGUUCCGAUGGUUGGAAGGGAUAUGAUUUUAUGCAUCCCCCUGAUGUUCUUUUGGAGGAUGGAACCUACGAGAAUAACGAAGGCCGGUACGAAGAUGGUGAUUAUUACUUCAGACAACACCAAGUUGUUAAUCACUCAAAAAGUUUUGGUACCAAGGAUCAGGUUAGGGGUAACCAUGCGCCUGGGUAUAUCCAUACCAACGUUAUCGAAGGCAUGUGGGUGGAUUUGAAACGGUCGAUUGCUCCUUGCUACCGAAAUGAGCAGUAUUGUGCGGAGAAACUUUUGGAGUAUCUGUGGAAAAAAGAAAAUCCCAGCGUUUUGGAAGGAUUGAAUUUUGCGUUAAAGGAGGUAGUAUACCUUUCUGGUAUUGCAGGUCCAUCUGGCGAACUUAAGGUACCCGAAUGGUUUACAAGAGGUGAAAAUGAACUCUCUCCAGAGCGCCUACGUCAGUAUGAAGUACGCCAGGUAUCUCGUCCUGCUGCUUGA